AUGGAUUUUUGGCCAGAGUUUCUUGCUAGCAGUUGGGGUAGGGAAUUUGUGGCUGGUGGAUUUGGUGGAAUUGCUGGUAUAAUUUCUGGUUAUCCACUCGAUACUCUACGUAUCCGGCUACAGCAAUCCAAUUCUGGCUCUGCCUUCGGUAUUCUUCGCCGAGUUAUGGCCAGUGAAGGGCCUGCUGCUCUCUAUAGAGGCAUGGCUGCACCCCUUGCAUCUGUCACCUUCCAGAAUGCCAUGGUUUUCCAGACCUAUGCUAUCCUCUCGAGAUCACUAGACUCAUCCGUUUCAGCUAACGAUCCUCCUGCUUACAAAGGAGUUGCCCUAGGAGGAGUUGGUACUGGGGCUAUACAAAGCAUUCUGCUUUCUCCUGUAGAACUGAUAAAAAUCCGCCUCCAGUUGCAGAACAAAAGUCAUGCAAAUCUCCAUGUGGCUGCUACUCACAAAGGUCCACUAAGUGUUGCCAAGAGCAUAGUGAAAGCAGAAGGUCUAAAAGGAAUAUACCGGGGAUUUGUGAUCACUGUCCUCAGAGAUGCACCUGCUCAUGGCGUCUACUUCUGGACAUAUGAGUACAUGAGAGAGCAGUUUCACCCUGGCUGCAGAAAGAAUUGUCAAGAAAGCUUAAGAACCAUGCUGGCAGCAGGAGGGCUAGCAGGAGUUGCUAGCUGGCUCUGUUGCUAUCCAUUAGAUGUUGUCAAAACCAGAUUACAAGCUCAAACACCAUCCUCCCCACUUAGAUAUAAAGGCAUUAUAGAUUGCUUUAGCAGGAGUGUUAAAGAAGAAGGUUACAGCGUGCUCUGGCGAGGUUUGGGGACUGCUGUUACAAGAGCUUUUGUGGUGAAUGGCGCUGUAUUUGCUGCUUAUGAGAUUUCAUUGCGGUGUCUGUUCAACAAUGGAAGCAUUCAAACAGAGAGCACCAUCUAG